GCGGUUUUCUCACGAUCGGCGCGAAUCUGCAAAGCAUGAUGUCACCACGAAACCGCCAUUAGGAACGUGCUAAAUUGACGAAUUAUUGUAUAUGCUUGUGGGUUUAUCUUAUCGCGCUGCCUCCUAGUAGACGGGCAACCGCAAAUAGUUAGUGGGAUUCGUUAUCAGAGACACUCUGGGGUGCUUCUUCCAGAAAUAUCAAUUGCUUGUCUACCGAAAAGUUAACAGCAAAUUGCGCACUCGGCACCGGCAGCGCAACGAGUGCUAGUCUAGUGAUCGUGAUGGCGGGAAGCAACGAAACGAUCGUGAUCGACAAGAGAGAUCUUCACGUGAAAUUAACAGAAAUCUUCCGUAGCCCCGUAGAAGGCGCUGGUGGCACUCUACCGAUCGCGUACUCAAUCGAAGUCGCUGCCAAGGAUGACUUCGACAUUGAAGCGUUAGAGCGACUUUCGCCUCAGCCCAUCUCUUGCGCACUUCCCUGGAUCUCGGACGAAAACUUGCGUUACGAUGCGGAUUUCCAGUGCGCACCGUCCUUCCAAUUGACGGAACGACUUCAGAAGGCUCACUACACCGUUGUGAACCAUGUUUCCUGCUACAAUUUAACGGAGGAACAGGCCGACAGACUGCUGGCUGCCGGUAUCCAGAAUGUGUUCAUCGUACGCGGAGAUACUGUAAACCCAGCGCAGGCUUUCCUCCAUUCAGCCGGCUUAGUAAAAUAUCUCAGACAGCACGAAACCCACAAGCUUACUAUCGGGGUUGGAGGAUAUCCUUACGGUCAUCAUCAAUCCCCAUCAGAAACGGAUGAGUUGCGUUAUCUGCGAGAAAAAAUAGACUGUGGGGUGGAUUUUCUUCUUACGCAAACGCUCUACGACGCUGAGUCGUUCUUUCGCUAUCGCGAUCGGUGUCGACAAGCGGGCAUUAGUAUACUAACGAUUCCGGGCAUUUAUCUGCCGCACUCUUAUAAACACUUGCAAGCCAUGCUGAACUUGACUCGCAUCCAACUACCACCGAGCAUUAGGAGCAUGUUUGAUGCACACGCAAACGAUCCGCAAGAUCAGUUUGAAGCGUUUGUGAUUGACUAUUUUGAAAGAGUCGUUCGGGGGAUAUUGGCACCAGGCGCAGAAUCAAGCGAACCCGUUAGACUUGUACAUUUUUUCUCUUUCAACAAGUUUGCCAUGUUGCAAAAGCUACUCUUCAAGCUAAUUGAUUUCUUCUAGUGAGCCUUUUCGAGUCAAUUAGCCUAAAAAUUGAAAAAUAAAAAUAUUAAUUUGACCAUAAAUUAUUACUGCCAUACGUGGAACAUUUUCUCAAUGUGACAUUAAAUUAGCACCAUUCGUAAUUCGUUUGUUGAAUAGUUUCUUUAUUCAUUUCAUACAUUUCACGUUUUGUCUCGUACAAAUAUUAUGAUGUUGGUGGUGAUAGAUGUUCCAUAGUUUAUCACUACAAUUAGACAUUCUUCACGCGCAUGUUCAAUUACAUUGUGUUUUGUUCUUCUUCAUGAUAUCAAUGCCCUAGCCGUGAUAGUAGCUUUUAUUGUUAGAAAUACGUUCAACCUCUUCUUUUCCACUCUUGCUAACGCUUCAAUCAAGUACAUCUGGCUGCUAAUAUAUAUAUACUCACGGCGGCGGUGUAGAUUUUUGUAUA